CUGAUCAUCUGCGACUCCCUCUCGGGCGCAUCUGUGACCUUCUGUUCUGCAGAAGAAGAACAUGUCGGGGGUGCAUGAGAGGAGGUCUUCAUCCACCAUCAUCUCGUUCCGUAGCCUUCGGCCUCAUCGUUUUCUUUCUCCUCGUUCGCGUGUCCACUGGCGGCUCUGGCUCGCUGGUGGUGCUGAGCCGUGGUCACCGCAAUGGAUCCAGCCUCCGAUGCGCACCAAACGCCCUGCUGGUGAGUACGUCACACACACCAAUAACACCACUAUGAGCGAUCUCGAGUCCGUUCCGUGUGCGUUGCAUUGCCUUGCAGCCGUUCCUGGUCAAUGACAGAGCGGUGAGUGGGCCAAUCGUCUUCAACUGGUGCAGACCGACCAACUACCCCUCUCGCCUGGCGACCUUCACCGGCGGCGGGAUCGGCACCUAUGUGGGCCGCAUCUGGCAGCGGCAGAUCAUCGAGAUGCGCCGCGAGAGGACCACCGAGGAAGAAGAGCGGGAGGAGAGGCGCAGACAGGCUGAGCAGAGGAGACGGCAGGGCGGCUCGCGCCGGCAGCUGUUGCUGCGCAUGUUUCGGAGAGGGAAGGUGUGAGGGCAUGGGCGGCGAGUGUCCUCCCUACCUGUGGCUCUUUGCUUCUCACGUGCGAGUGUGUCGAUUUCUCGUGUCUAGGAAGCAAUUUUCUCGGAGGCGUGGGUUGGGCCACAGAAAACUAAGGAGUGGUCGUGAGUGACGUGACACUGUGUGUGGAUAUAUUCUUGUUGUCACCGGAAGGACAGGUUGUACGCGCAGCUCAUUAAAUGCAGGAAGGAUGCAAACGAG